ACUGUCGCACAUGGCCGCUACUCUAAGUUACUGCGUUUGUUGACAGUGGUGACAUUUGAACUUCUGCUGUAUUUUAUCGUGUAUCACCUUUCAGAAGUGCACACAGAGGUCCGACGUAACUAGGCAACGCUUGUUCCACAAUCGUACCGUGUUGUCACUAACGUUUUUGGCAAGUGCCAACGAAUGUCUUCGGUCUUUCUUUGUGCUAGUAUCUAGCGUUUUGUGCAGUCUCGCGUAGCGUAAGGGACUGACCUGCUGGCGCAAUGAAGGCAAGCAGACCAGACGCCGGGAAAGGUCGUGGCGGCUGGGACGACCAGCGGCAGCAGAAAGGUGCGAGACCAGAUCAGCCCAAUAAACGAAAAGUGUUUGUUGGGAACAUCGGCGCUGAAGCGAAAGAGGCAGACGUUCGCCGGGUUUUCGAAAAGUACACCGUGGAGAAUGUGAACAUGCGCUUCGAAGGAGAAAGGAAGGCGCACUGCUUUGUCAUCUUUUCUACUGAAUCAGAAGCAGAAGAGGCCCUGUGUGGGUCAUUUAUGCUUAACAAUCAUCCCAUUGCUGUCAAGAGUCCUAACACUAGGCCUGAGCCUGUUGGUUUCAACUCACGGGCUUCAACAGGAGCGGCUCGAGACCACCGUGAAGGUUCCAAGGACAGCGGCACUGACAAGUCAAAGGAAGCCUUCCUUGCAAACUUGCCAAACCAUAUUGAGGAGGAACACAUCCUCCAACUCUUCGAGAAGUUUGGACCUGAGAAAGUGGUGCUUAAGAAACCAGAUAACAAGAAGCCGUUUGCAUUCCUGACAUUGCGGGACCAGCAGGCAGUUGCAGACGCCAUCAAUGAGAUGAAUAACCAUGUUUUUCUGGGAAAGAAGAUCACUGUCAUGGUCUCCGGUCAAAGGGGUGGUUCAUCAGCUCAGCCAAACAGGAAUAUGCAGCAGAACAACACCCAUCCUUCUCAUGAAAGCAGUAACAUGGAGGAGUCGUGGGACAGCACACCAUCAUCUGCACCGAGUUCAUCAGCUCAGCCAAACAGGAAUAUGCAGCAGAACAACACCUAUCCUUCUCAUGAAAGCAGUAACAUGGAGGAGUCGUGGGACAGCACACCAUCAUCUGCACCGAGUUUAUCACCUUCGCAAUAUACCAAGGGUGUGCAGAAUGGCAACAGCUUUUCUCAUAAAGGCGGCAAUUCAGAAGAAAGCUGGGACAACGGGCCAUCUACGCCUAGCAUUGUUCCUGAUGCGCACUCUUCCUCCUCCUCCUCCAUGCCAAGCCUUGACGGACCUCCAGCGCUGUGUCGAGUCUUGGAUGCUCGUAGGGCUGGCGACAUUCCACCACCACUAAUCCGUGUCAGGGACGCUGGACCGUCUUCGGCUCCCAAACGAGCUGUCAUUCACAUAUCUGAGCACACCGCUGCAAAUGGAGUGGACUUGCAGGACGGCCCACCUCCUCUGGAACGUGUCCCAGCUCAGGGAGCCCAUGGCGGGCCGCGGCGAGAAGGUCCAGUAGCUGCUAAGGUACCAAAUGAAGUCUUUGUUGGAAAUUUGAAUGCAGGCAUCACGGAAGAAGAAAUAAGGAGCAUCUUUGCAAAGUACGGAGUGGUCAACAUUUCCCUGAAAGCAAAGGGCCCAAAGCCCAUAUGCUUUGUGGAACUGGAAAGUGCAGUGUGUGUCGAGCGUGCUGUUCAAGAUCUGGAUGGCGCCUCCGUGGGAAAUCAGCAAAACUUGGCUGUUCGCAAGGCAGAUGCCCCCAAGCCAAAACAGAAGCCACAGAAAGCAGAGGCACCUGCUGCCAAGGACCCCUUCAGCAAUGCGAACAAGCUCUUUGUGGCUAACCUUCCAAAGAAUAUCACAAAGGAUGACCUUAGGCAUAUUUUUGACAAGUAUGGAGUGGAAGAGACCUUUCUCAUCACUUCAAAAGGAGCUCCGUAUGGCUUUGUCACCCUGUCAUCAGAGGCUGCCUUCAACACAGCCUUACAAGAGAUGCAAGGUUUCGAUUUUCAAGAUCACAAACUGUACAUUGGCCUGCCUUCAAAGAAGGAUGGCAACCAUCAAGCCAACCCUGCUCCCAAGACCAACACAGCUUCUGCCAGUGCCCCUGUUGCUGGCAGUAGUAAUAGUCCCAGCCAUUCAUCUGAGCCAUCUCCAGUGGUACUUUGCGUCGCAAACUUUCCCCCUGAAACAAAAAUGGCUGACAUCGCAGAUCUUUUCUCCAGCUGGGACCCCAUUGAGGUGGUCAUGGGGAGAUGUGAUUCAUCUGGUCUAGGAUCAUAUUCACACGCCUACGUGACGGUGGCAGACAGAGACGCUGCAGAGACUGCUGCGCUGAAUCUGAAUGACACCUACUUCAACGGCCGGAUAAUUGUAGUUGUCCCACUGCCUCACAAUUGCAGGAAGGCAUCGUAAGACUUGCUGUCAUUGAGGCCUGCUUUCUUCCCACCCUUUGGCAUUAAGUCAUGUCAGUGGCUCUGGGAAAAUCAAGUCGUCGUAUUUCUACCACUAGUGUGUCUGGUGUUGUGACUGUGUAAAAGACAUUCCAAGUUCCUCAUUAUCGUCUUCGUGGUCUCGACAAAGCUCACACAGGAGAUUGUGUUGUUCCCUCUGACCUUGCUGCCAAAUGCAGGUUGGUUUGUUGCGUUUUACGCUCUUUGUUGGUAGGACUUUGCCAGGUAGCAUUGUUUCUUCUUUUUGAAGCAGUUUGUAUGGACAGGUUUUCCAGUAGUACGGCAUGUUAUAAUAUGUAUAUGUUGGUCACACAUAUAACUGGCAAAAGGCAGUAAAGACAGCAGCAUAUUACUUCUGUCUAGUGCAACAUAUAAUGUUUUCAUUUCUUGCCUUGUACUCCUAAAAAAAAUGUAUGCCUUUUGAGCUGUACCUUUCUUGAGCAAGUCAGUUCAAAAGUGCACUCUCUUUCAGUGACAAGCACCGUACAUUGUAGGGUUUCAGCAGUGCUGCGCACAUUUAAGUGCCACUGUAGAAAGCACCAGACACACAGUGCUAAAGAGCUGCAUAAAGUAAUGAUGACUACUGUUGCAACUAAAGGGCAGCUUGAAACGGGUAAAAUUGUUGUUCAUUUUCCUGUGAAGUGUCGUACACUGGUAACAUACUUUGUGCUGAGCACAUCUAUGUUUGCAUGGAGCCUGUGAUUCACGUUCUGCAAUGGAGGAGCAGUUGCUUGAAUGUUUUGUAAUUAACUAUACAACAUUUGACUGCAUAGCAAGUGGUACGUGCUUGUGUUGUUUUGUGGUUCUCUUCAGGUCUGUCUGAUUUGCCAAAGGUUAGUAAAAAGAAAAAAUAACCUUUUCUUUAUGUGGAGGUGGGAGGGCAAGUUAUUACAUUGCAAGUUAAAAUGGCAGCAGUUGCUUUGUGGAAGUGCAGUGCAUAAGAUUGCCCAAAGGGCAAGCUACGAAAAAUGCAAGCUGUGAUUUUAUAUAGCUAAGUGACCUUAUGAAACAAAUAUAGUAUGGGGCAGCUUGAGUCCUGGGCUCACACAUUUUCGAGCGUUAACUUUUGGCGAUACUCGGCCCCGGAUGCAUUGUCUAUGGCCGACAGUGCUCCUCGCCCAGCGCCAGGAGCACUGGUGCUUUUAAACACCGAUGCAUCUGGUUGAUUCAGCUUGAGCCAACUAAGUCACAUUAUCUCUGAAAGUGAUUGCUCAGAAAAUGCCGCCCCUGCAGUUAUUCUUUGAUGUUCUGACUGACCUUGGCAUGGUGUCUACCAAAGACAUUUCUAAACUGUACUUAGUAGCCCGAGUCGUUUGAAAGAUAAUGUACACAUGGUGCACUUUUUUUAAAAAUUGUUUAUACACGCAUUUUUGCGCACAGGAAACCCAAACAGGUGCAGUAUUUCUUUGGGUGGAAUUUGCUUUUAUGUGCACGUGACACUAGUUCUCUAGACGCUUCUUGCAUAGGGCUUGCCAGCUUUCCAUGGGCUUGUAUGUAGUACACUGAAAAGCCUACCGACUGAAGUGGUGGCUAAGUGAGGUAGUCAUAUGGUUCAUGAAUUGUCUUGUCUUUGGACUGUGUAGUCUUUGAAGCAGCUCUCUAAAGUACCACCCUUUUGAAGCUGCUGUGAAUGCACUGUCAUGUGGUGUGUGUUUGUGAGGUGUAAAGAGCUGUGAGGCAGAAUGACUGUAAGGUGGGCUAGUUGGAACAUUCAUUUUGAAGAAUGCACAAAAAAAUGAUCGAGCGUUUUUUCGGAAUGAAGUGAGAUAGGAGUUGUGAUUGUAUGAACAGAAGAGCACUUAUUUGUUAAAAAGAAAUCAUUCAUUAAUACGGCCCUCUUUAGAAUUCAAAAGGCCAAGCUCACAGCUUAUUGCAGUGGCACAAGCAUCCAACGAAUAUCUUGUGGAAUGCACAAUUAUACUUACCUUAUUCUAUGGAUGUAGCGGCUUUUGUGUGCUGAAGUUACAUAUGUUUAACUUUUGAGAUGGGUUUUUUCGAAAUUAAUAAAACAGCGUGAUAUUGCAAUUAACUUUACUCGCUCAAGUUAGAUACAAACUUUUGGGCUGAUAGUUACCUGUUUGUGGAAUGCAGGCGUAAUGUUCAAAUUCUGUAAACAACAGCUUACAUAAGUCAAGUAGCUAGGCUGAAAAAUGUGUAGUGGUUUCCUAGGUCUAACAACUGGAAAGGGUCAUGCUGCCGUUUUUUUUUUAAAAUUUUUUUUCUAUAAAGAUUCUGCAGAGUAGACCACUACAGCUGAGAUCAAAAUGGGUGAGAUUAUACAUUCAUGCUUUCAUAUCUCAUGACAAGUUUUAUUGCCACUGCAAGACUUUGUUUUGUCAAGUUGAGUUCAUUUCCCACACCAAUAUGUGAAAAUGGGGUGCACUACUUUAAAUGGCUGCUUAAGAAAUAUUUUUGGAGGUUUGUUUGAAAUGUCUCAGUUUUGAUCUGGAAAUCUUAAUUUUCCUAAAAUAUUCUAACUUAUGAUUGUGUGAAUUGCAGUUGUUGCAAUCUUGAAUUCUUCAUGCAUGAUGGACAGACAUUUGAUGUAUAAUCCUUCUUUCAAGGAAAAAAAAAAAAACUUUUGUGAUGCAUAGGAUGUUGACUGAAAUUAGUCUGCCGGAGUGCAUAAGGUGUUGAAAUUGUAUUUAUACAAACAAAAAACUUUUUUUUCUAAACCUUAUGCCCCUUGUCUUGUUGAAGCCAGUUGAGAUUGAAAAGAUCAAGGCAACGGAAAUGUGCAUGAAACAUUAUAUUCAUUUUCUAUGUACAAGCAAUUGGUCCCAUGACCAUCAUCACUGUGGUCGGUGCAAAGUUUUGUACUUGGCAACAAAUGUGUGCAGCACCAAAAAAAAAAAAAAAAAGAAAAUGUUGUGUGCAUGCGCAGCUCUAUCUUCCAUGUGUGUUUAUAUUGUAACAAAACAGUCAUUUCAUUUUUCUUUUCACUCCGCUGAACUGUGUUCAUACAUCAAAAUAAAAUACUUUGCAAGCGAAUGUCGCUUCUAUACAGAG